AUGUGAGCAAUCAUCCUCGCUGGAAGGUGUCCGAGUCCCAGUUGUCUGUAUUAUGCUGGUUUUGGUCUGUCUUAGCUCUGCCCGGAGCUUGUCGCGUCGGAUGCGCCCUGCUGUCGAUCUGCCGUCCGGGGUGGUGAAUCCUGCACGAAUCGCUUGACCGAUUUCUAUUUUUUGGACAUGAGCUCUGUGCUAUGCUUCCGAGGGAAUGAGCUCGCAUGUGCGUACCAAUUUUCUUUCCUCCGAGAGCAAUUGUGUUGCUGCAGUGUUUUGCACUGCAAUAGAAGGGCAGGUGCGCAACGUUUAGAAGGAACUAUUUAACUGGGCCAGAGAAGUUGAGCUAUAUCGCAUCCUCCCAAAAGAGGGUGGAGGAGGUAGAAUUUUAGAAUCGCUGCGUCUGGUUGAACGCAGAGAUUUCAAAAGCUUUGCUGCGAUGAGGAAGAGAAGGAUGAGUGCUGUGGCACUUCUUACUGUAGCAGUGUUGCACAUGUGCUUGAUACUUGCGGAAGCACAAACAUACAACGUAAACACAACUUACAGGCUAGGUUUUCUGUCGCCUUCACCAGAUUCACUCAUCCCCACCAGCUUGGCCAAUGAAUGGAAUUCUGCAUUCAUGGUGGCCAUGGAAGUUCUCAACUCAGAGGACAGAUCGUAUAAUUUUAUUCCGAGCAUAGAAAAUACAGAAUGUGAUUGGCAGUGUGGGCAGCAUGCCACUGAGCAGCUUACUAAGCCACAAAUAGUUCCUGCUUUGAUCGGUGCAGUAGGCCCUGCUUGCACAGAUGCAGCUAUGUCCUCUGGUCGAGUCUUCAGGGAAAGGAAUUAUUCACACAUCUCAUUUGCUGCCACUUCAGUUAAGCUCUCAAGCCGGGUUGCCUUCCCAAUGACUUUUCGAACAGUUUUCAGUGAUGAGUAUCAGGCAGCAGCCAUUGCAGCCAGUGUGGCGGAAAUGGGAAUCAAACGUCUCCAUGUUUUGACAGUAAAGAGUUAUUACAGCAUGAAUCUGGGUUCAGAAAUAAAUGCGGCGGUGGGUUCAUUAGCAAAUACAACGGUUUACACUAUAUCAUCUGGAGAGAAAUCGAUGAUCAACGAGACUCAGCUUGCAGCCAUCCUAGAGACGGUUGAAACGGAAGACUUCAUUGUCAUGGCGGUGCAUCCAAUACUGGCUCAGGAGAUUUGGAAGGUUGCUUAUAAAUUGGACAAAUUGAGGUGGCCAUUUUGGUACUUCGGUACGGACGGAGUUACUGCUUUUGAUCCUGCAGAUGUGAAUGUAACAGAUCCCAAGUUGGUAAACGCAAUACAAGGAGAAAUUGGAGUUUCUCCACAUGGUGGCGAUAUCCUCACCACCGGCCCAUGCGCGAAGUUCUACUCUUAUUGGAAAUCUAAAAAGUAUCCAGGCUCUCCUUCAGAAGGCAAAACCAGAACGCGUUCUUACGUCCCCCACCUAAUUGAUGCUGUGCAAACUUACUUCAUUAUUGUCGAUAACCUCAUCAAGGCGAAGGCUAAUGUCACCAAAGACAAUGUUAUUAAAGCACUCAACGGAUCCGGGCCAGGAGUUAUUGAGUUUGAGGGUUGUAGUGGCAACGUCUCGUUUGAUCCUGCUUCUGGAAGCCGAAGCAUAGCGACUCAGGCUCCUCAUUACGAUCUCGUCUUACUGACACAGGCACUCUGGGAGGUCAAGGGUGAGAUAAAGAAUGGAACUUUGCUCGGUUUGCAAGUGCUUACACGACCUGGGAGCGGUCUGAAUUCGAUUUACUUAGGACCAGAAGGGCUGUCGAGCAAGGCGAAAGUAGGCAUCAUUGUUGGCACCUUAUUUGGCGCAGUGGCUGUGCUGUUUGUGGCCGGGAGUGCCUUGUAUUUGUACAGACGGAAACGAACUGGCCGUCCUCUCGCUAGGUCUGAAUCCAUGCGAAGAAUGAUGGAUUUCGUAGGAACAGGCAGUUUUGGAAGUUCUGAUAGUUUUGAGAUCGGUGAAGAGCGGGGUUAGUUAAAUUGAAUAGAUCUAGUCAUAGAGGGAGUGUGCUUGCGAAUUCACAGUCCGGCGUUAUGGGCCAGUGUGGGCUAUUUAUAGCUAGAGUGGAGUAGAGUAUGUUCACUUGCACGGCUAUAUGUGAUUAAGAUGAAAUCUGUCAUGAGAACGAGAAUAUUGCAUUGUUAUUCAAAAGAUUUUUCUCGUUGAGGGUGGAUUGCCACGUUCAAGAUUGGACCGAUCGAAAAAAUAGGUUACUGAGACAUAUU